UCCUGGUGGAGAAGGAGAACCAGCGACUGCCUCUUCGGGCAAGAAUGGCACAGCCUGAGCUCGAGGCUCUGGGCCCCUCUCAAGACGGCCACAAGAUCCGGCCCACAGGCAACACCAGCUGGGACUCCUACGCGACCACGAUGAAGACUGCGUUCACACCUAAGACAGGAGCAGCACCCGCUUUAAUUCGUCAGAAAAGUAUCAGAAGAUUAGGAUAUACGUAUUCACUUAGUGAUCCUAUUCCCAACCAGACACAGUACAAUGAUGAGUAUGUCUGGAAAGCAUAUUCCAGAGAAGAUUUGAUGAGAACUGGCACUUCAAGAGGAAUUGGGAGCCACAAAUAUUACCCCACUCAAGGGUUCUUUCCCUGGACUCUUCCUCAAGGUCCAUCAAGGCCAUCAGUGAAGAGCUACUUCCCUUGGAAAAUGGCUGCUUCAGUGGACGAGGUUAGGAAGGCAAUAUCAAAUCAGUUUAUUUCCCAGACGAGAAGAGUCUUUGUGGACAGAAAGGAAGCUCAGAAGAUUAAGCAAAGUUCUCCGAUGUCUCUGGAAUGGAAAAAGUUACUUCCGCAACCUGCAGACACUGAAUUUCGGCGGAAUUACCAAGUUCCAGCCAAAAUUCCUGAGUUUCAGGAUUUUAGUUUCAAAUAUGGAUGCUACUCAAGCCUACCAAUUGCUUCUCAGGGUCUAGUUCCUUCGGUGCUGAAGAGCCACAUGAGGAAUCAAGAGCGCACAAAGAAGCAGACCACGUACCAAAGUGACUAUGGGAAAGACUACCUGAAUUUCUUAACGAUUUUAAACUCAUUCACUCCGGCUCAAAUCAGAGAAUACCUUCAGAGUGUUUCCUAUAAAGACAGACAAAUUCUUGAUCGCUUUAUUCGCUCUCACUGUGACAUUGACAAAGGGAUGAAUGAAAAAGGAAAAUAGUUCGGAAGCAGAAAAUCUGAAAAUCGAAGGAAGCGCUAGGGCCUACCAGGUCAUUUUCUCAAUAAUCAAGGAAAAAUAAGAUCCAGAUUUUCAAAAUAUGAUAUUCAUGACUUUGUGUAAUUUUGUUUUGUUUUAUUUUCAAACAAUAAAAUCAUUUAAGGCUAUAAAUUCACCCCCCCAACAUACCUUUAACUGUAUACAGCAUGUUUUGAUACAAUAUUUUUCCUAUUCUCUUUUGGAUACUUAAUUUGUGGUUUCAAUUUUGAUUUCCUCUUGUGGAAGAGAUUUCUUAAUUUUCCAAUCAUUAGAGGAUUUAAAAAAUCUUUUUAUGGUUGAUUUCCUGUUAGAAAGUAAAAGAAAAAACCUCUGCUUUGGGAAAUUUAGCAACAUUUUCUUUUAUGCUAAGUAUAUAAUUAAUUUGUGUAUUAUAUGAAUAUAAGAAGAGAAAAAAUGUGUAGGUUAUUAU